AUGUCUUGCCAGCUGGUCAAAAGGGGACCCUCGUCAUCUUCUGGUACGGUCGACACUACGGACCCCCUCUUCUUCGACCUGCGAAUGGCCAACACAGCCGCGGUCUAUCUCUCGAAACCACAAAAUGGCGCCCCCAAACAACCAACAGCCCCUAUCUCCAGGAGCAUCGCCGCCGCCCGCACCCAAACCCGCGCCGUCCGCGACCGCGUCAAAUCCUCCCUCCCCGGCCUGACGUCGCACGAAAACAUCUACAACCUCCCCAACGCUCUCACGCUCUCCCGCCUCUUCGCCGCCCCGCUAACCGCCUACCUCCUCCUACACGACCACCACAAAUACGCCCUCGCCCUCUUCGCCUACGCCGGCCUCACCGACCUCCUUGACGGCUGGAUGGCGCGGAAAUUCCACCUGCAGACCGUCGCGGGGAGCGUGAUCGAUCCGAUGGCGGAUAAAGCGCUCAUGAUCGUUUUGACUGUUACGUUGGCGGUCAAGGGCGCGAUUCCGGUAUACUUGGCGACGCUGAUUCUAGGGCGCGAUGCGAGUUUGGCGGUGGCGGCGAUUUAUUACCGCUACGCUUCGCUGCCGGCGCCGAAGACUAUGAUGCGGUAUUGGGAUUUUUCGCUGCCGAGCGCGGAAGUGCAUCCGACGACCGUGUCGAAGUAUAAUACCCUCUUGCAACUCCUGCUCAUCGGCUCCACGCUCGCGCUCCCCGUCGUCACUUCCGGCGGGCAGUACGCCGGCCUCCUCGGCGUAGGGGACGAGGUGUUGAAGCAGGGGAUGCAGUAUUUCCAGCUUCUGGUCGCGGGGACGACGGUGUGGAGCGGGCUGAGCUACGCUUUCUUGCGGAACGUCGUGACGAUUCUUGGCAAGGAUGAGGGACUAAAGGCGAAGCAGGGCGCGAGAGGGAGGGCGAUUAUUGGUGUGACGUUUGGGAGCGUGGUGGUGGUGGCGGGGUGGUUGGCGUGGGAGGUUGAUGAGGAGGUACAAAAGAUGGCCGAGCGGGAAGAGGAUAGAAGGUAG